UAAACAGUGUAAUUAAUUAGUGAAAAUGUGGAACAGUCAUUUAUAUUUCAUUUUAUGCCUUCUCACACCCUCCCUGGCAAUCUGGCAGUGUUCUAUUGAUGAAGACUGCGCAGCCGCACUUCCGGGCAGCGUCUGCGCAUCAGGGCAAUGCAUGUGCCCCAGCUGGCAGCAGGUCGUGGUCGGGGGCACGUUAUGCGCUGAUUAUGCCCCAUACUACACGUCGGCUUGCGUCGAUGACUUCCAAUGCUCAAGACUGUUCACUACGUUCGAAUGCAGACGGAACGAGGAUCAAACAGCUGGCAGUUGCUUCUGCCAACCCGGCCACCACUACUUCCACGGCCGCUGCUGGCGUUCCACCGACAUGGGCCAGCCCUGCUCCAAUCAUGAGGAGUGCAUGGGCGUCAUCAGAGAUCCCUUCAGCAUGGUCUGCGAUGGCACCUGUCAGUGCGCUGAGGGAUACUACAGUCGACAGAGGGGAGAAUGCAGAAAAAUCGCUACAGCUGUGGAUGAAGGCUGCGUGAUAGACGAGGACUGUCAGUUCGAGCACGGCGCCUGCCGCGAGCGAGAGUUCCUCUGCUACGACACCACUGUCGACCCUGAUGAGAGCUCAAGCGCAACAACUCGUACUGCUCAAAACGCGACUCUCAAAAUGGCGUCCACAAAGAUGGCGGCCACGAAUAUAACGGCUACAAAGAUGGCGCGAGAAGGUGUCGCUGCGUGCAGCGCUACCAGCCCUUGCCCCGCGCCCUUUGAGUGUUCCAUCUGGGGGCAAUGUAUCUGCCCACUUGGGUAUUAUAGUAGUGAAGAUGGAAGCGCUUGCUUAGCUGAACUGGGCUCCCCUUCAACCGAAGAGCAAUGCGUCGGUCUGUUGGCCGUGGUUGAGGAUGGAAUUUGCACCUGCCCUGCCAACUUCUUCUUCGACGAGAACAUGAGGGACUGCCUCAAAGUGGCCCGCCUCAUCACCGAUUUCUGCUUUGUCGACGAGCAGUGCCACACGUUCGGGGCUGCGGCGUUCUGCGGAGCCCCGGGACAGUGGGGGCUCCGCUCCUGCGAGUGCGACCUGGAGCAGGCUGUGUGGGACGCGGAGCGCAGCAUGUGCAGGCUGUUUGCUGGUGUCGGUGAGGCGUGCCAGGUUGACAGCGACUGCCUGGCCGGAGGGCUUGAAAUCCAGUGUGCCGUCAAUGAGGAAGGCGAAGGGUACUGCGCCUGCCCCGACGGCCUCGUCGCUUCUGAAGGCCUGUGUCUAUCCAGCGGACUUGAGCUGGGAGACUCAUGCCAGACGACACAAGAGUGCACGGGGACACUAAACACCGUCUGCGAGGCAGGACGCUGUUCUUGCGACAACGGGUACCAAGAACUUGACGGUUUCUGUGCUCCAAUUAUUGGUGGUACCUGUGUGGAAAACCUCGACUGUGUCAUCAACAAUACAGAGUGCGUGGCUGGAACCAGUGGAAUGACCUGUCAGUGUACAGAAGAGUACGUAGAGUAUAGCGACGAGUGCUGGGAGGUCUCCCCCGGCUACAACGCAAACUGCACCGUAGACGCUCAGUGCUUCGAAGGCCUCGGUCCUAACGCGGUCUGCCUAAACGGCUCCUGCCUCUGUGGCCCCAACUUCCACUUCAAAGAUGGCGGCUGUUGGCCUGUCACUGGUCUAUUCGAGACAUGCUCUCGCAGUAGCCAGUGCUUCCUGGGCGAGAUAACAGACAGGGUGGUGUGCAGGAACGGACUGUGCCAAUGUGACUUCGACUAUCCUUACUCCGAGGAGCAACACACGUGCAGGUCAUCGGCGGCCAUGUUGGCGAGCAGCAGCGUCAUUAUAAUAACACUACUGUUAUAUUUAUUCUCAUAAACAUUAUUUUUAUUAAAAAGCAUUAUUGUUUACAUU